AUGCGUUUCCCAACUACCACUGUCGCUUUAUUGCUGCUCGAGGCCGUCAUGGGUACCGCAAAGACAACGACCUACUCGUACGGGCCCAACGUCCGCCAGAUCUACGAUGUCUACAUUCCGUCAGCAACAAGCAACAAGACCAUGGCGGCCGACAAAUACUGGCUAGUGUACAUCCACGGAGGUUUCUAUCGCAACCUCGCCCAGAGCUCAACGGACAUCCUUCCCGCCAUCGCUUCUCUCGAGGCAAACAGUUCAGACGUGCUCGCCAAUCAGAUUGCCGGAAUCGCGUCCUUGGACUAUCGUCUUUCCGCACUCCCCGGCGUCCAACCCAACAAUACUCCCAUAAACGAGCUGCAGAACGCCAGAUGGCCUGACCACCUCAACGACGCCGUUGCCGCUCUCAAGGACCUGAACAACAAUUUUCCAAUCGACGGCAACUACAUCGUCUCUGGUCACUCCGUCGGCGCUCAGAUCGCCUUCUUUGCGGCUUUGGCGACUCUUGGGGACCCCGCCGUGCCCAAACCCGUGGCCGUUCUGGGAAUUAGCGGCAUCUACGACUUGCCUCAACUCCACAUCACCAAUCCUGACUACGACUAUCUCGUACUCAACGCCAUGAGGGAGGACCAAGUUGUGGAGGCCAGUCCGGCCAAGCUUGAUGCCGAGAAAUAUGUGUCACUUGACUUGCAGGCGUUUGUCCUGGCCCACAGUAGGAAUGAUGGACUCGUGCCUUGGGAUCAGGUCGAAUCGAUGGAAGCUAGUCUCUAUUCUUUACCUGGUUUAGAGAGCAAGACACAUCUAGUCGAGCUCGAUGGUGCACACAAUGAUAUCUGGCGUGGGGGUGUGCAACUGGCCAAAGCCUUUACGGCAACACUAGCGUUAUUGAGAGCACAUACAUAA